GGCGACUUUGUAGAUAGAGGUUAUUACAGUCUCGAGACUUUCACUUACCUUCUCGCACUAAAAGCUAAGUGGCCUGACCGCAUCACGCUGUUGCGAGGCAAUCACGAAAGCAGGCAGAUAACGCAGGUGUACGGAUUUUACGAUGAGUGCCAAACCAAGUACGGAAAUGCGAAUGCUUGGAGAUACUGUACCAAAGUCUUUGACAUGCUCACGAUAGCAGCUUUAAUCGAUGAGCAGAUUCUCUGUGUGCAUGGCGGCCUCUCUCCAGACAUCAAGACCCUCGAUCAGAUUCGAACCAUUGAACGUAAUCAAGAAAUUCCUCACAAAGGCGCCUUCUGCGACCUCGUUUGGUCUGAUCCAGAAGACGUCGAUACGUGGGCGAUCAGCCCGCGGGGAGCAGGCUGGCUUUUCGGGGCAAAGGUGACGAAUGAGUUCGUUCACAUCAACAACCUGAAGCUCAUCUGCAGAGCGCACCAGCUGGUUCACGAAGGCUACAAGUUCAUGUUCGAUGAGAAAUUGGUCACGGUAUGGUCUGCUCCCAAUUACUGCUACCGCUGUGGAAAUAUCGCGUCAAUCAUGGUCUUCAAAGACGUAAAUACCAGAGAACCAAAGUUAUUCCGCGCAGUUCCAGAUUCAGAACGUGUAAUUCCUCCUAGAACCACCACGCCGUAUUUCCUCUGAGACCUUCCCUGCCUGCUGUACUGCCCCCUUCCCCGUACCCUCCCCCUACAAUAUACUUUUUAUUGAG